GACUCUUUGAGUGGUUUUCCAAAAAAUAGCUCAGUAUGGGAUCUCUGAAGUCAGGCAGUGGGUGAAGAGUAUUAAAUGGCAGAUGUUAGGUGGAGUCGUAUUCUUCUUUAAACAGCGGAGAGCCACUUUAAGAUGGUGAGCACACAUACUGGAAAACCCCAAAGCCUUCAGGCCGGCCUCGGCUGCUUCUGGCAUCAUGGAGGUGUUUGAAUGCACUCACGAACAGCGCACACACACGCAGCCAUAAAAAGCGGAGGAGCUCCUCAUCAGCAGUAUUAAACAGACUGGGCUCAGAGUGCCGCUGGAUGUAUGAAGCUGAGUGCAAACCCAACAGCAGAGCUAACCUCCUCUACAAGAGCUCACUGAGGUGACAGUGCCAGCUUACUUUGCCAGCAGCAGCCAGACAAAUUGCCAUGGGUCCCAGCGGCUGGAGCCUGUGUGCACUCUUCUGCGCCUGGGUACUGGGUGAAAGCAUGGGCCUGUCCCGGAGACGAAGGGCCUCGGAGGAUGAUGGGCUUCCUAAAAAGUGCUCGUACACUUUCCUGGUCCCCGAACAGAAGAUCACAGGACCCAUCUGUGCAAGCCGCGGACCUGCACUUCCAGACAAGGACCGUGUGACACGGUUGGACAUAGCGGAUGUGCGUGAGCUGCUGUCCAAGCAGAGGCGUGAGAUGGACACCCUGCGCAUGGUGGUGGACGUGGACGGCAACAUGGUAAGCGAAAUGAAGCUGCUGCGGAAGGAGUCACGCAACAUGAACUCACGAGUCACGCAACUCUACAUGCAGUUGUUGCACGAGAUCAUCCGCAAGCGAGACAACUCGCUGGAGCUCGCGCAGCUGGAGGGCCGCAUCCUCAACGCCACAGCUGAGGCACUGCGCCUCUCUGCUCGCUACAGGGAGCUCGAGGUGCGGUUUUCUGCCCUCGCCUCCGUGGUCAAUAACCAGUCCGUCCUGAUUGGUGCUCUGGAGGAGAGGUGUUUGCAGGUGUAUGGGAGUCGCAGGCAGGAGCCACUUGCCCCGCCGCUGGUCCAGGUUGUUCCUGAGAACAUCCCAGUGCAUGUCCCCCGUUUUUCCAAUGAGAUCCAGAGGGACCAUAGCCGGUCUUUCCCCAGGGACAGGGGUUCCAGAGCGGGCACCGAACCCACUGGGAGUACGCUGGAAGCUAAACGGCCUCCAGAUGGCAACUUCAGCUCAGAAGGUCCUUUCCGUGACUGCCUCCAUGCGAUACAGGCUGGCCACGACACCAGCGGGAUGUACCUCCUGAAACCGGACGGGACCGAGAGGCCAUUCCAGGCCUGGUGUGAGCACGACCUGGACAACGGAGGCUGGACCAUCAUCCAGAGGAGGAAGGAUGGAUCUGUCAACUUCUUCAGGAACUGGGAGAGUUAUAAGAAAGGCUUUGGCAACAUAGACAGCGAGCACUGGUUGGGGCUGGACAAUAUUUACAAUCUGGCCAAGCAGGGCGACUACAAGCUGCUGGUGGAGCUGCAGGACUGGAUGGAGAAGAAGGUCUACGCGGCCUACAGCAGCUUCCACCUGGAGCCUGAGAGUGAAUCGUACCGGCUGCGUCUGGGCAUCUACCAAGGCAACGCUGGGGAUUCGUUAACCAGCCAUAAUGGCAAACAGUUCACCACCCUGGACCGUGACAAGGACGCCUUUUCAGGUAACUGCGCUCACUUCCACAAAGGCGGCUGGUGGUACAACGCGUGUGGGCAGACCAAUCUGAACGGAGUGUGGUAUUCCGGAGGAGUCUAUCGCAGCAAGUUCCAGGAUGGAAUUUUCUGGGCCGACUACGGUGGAGGCUUCUACUCCAUGAAGACUGUGCGCAUGAUGAUCAGGCCCAUUGACUGAAUCAAGAACACAGCCAAAGACUCAACAUAGCUACACUUCUCCACGCAUACACAUUGGACAGGGGGGGAAAGUCCAGUUCCCAGUUCUGUUUUUAAAUGUAUGUAAUAGCUCAGAUGGCAGACCUCAUGAGCAGGACAUGUUUAGAAGAUGGAGCUCAGCUUGUAAAGGGUCCUCCUCAUCCCUGUGUAUCCCCUAUGCACAUGUCCUCUCUACACAUUGCACCAAGGGUGGAGUUUUUGGUUUCCCAAGAAAGACAAGCCUUUAUGAAGUUUGAUACUUUUUUCUGUUUGGCAGUUUUGAAGAUUUGAAACCUUAUUUCUUUGCUCCUUGAUCUUCACCAUGAUAUCGUUCAACCUGUGAGGAUGCGUCUUCUCAGAACUUGUUACUAGCAUAACCAUGGAAUGGGUGCAUCCAAAUAUCCAUACAUCAGUGGUGUAGUCUACUUCAGAUCACUUCGACAACCAAUGCACGCUAUAAUUCUAUUAGUUCUAUUUGUAUCAUCAGGAUUAUGAGUAGAACUACCUGAUUUAAUUAUUUCUUUACCCAACUUUGAAAGCAGGGGUGGCAGGAACUGGUGGAAAGGUCAUGUUCCCCUCAUUCCCAGUGGAAAGUCCACCUAUGCACAGCACUAAGAUACCAAAAGCAAUACCAGAGAUGUUAAUGCAAGUCUUGUCAUCUGAGUUGACUCUAAACUCUCUGGGGUGUGCGGCUGAAUCGAGUCUCGAGUCUUUAGCAGAGAAUUUUAGCUUAGUUUUGCUGCAUUACAGGGUUGUUCCGCCAUAUUGGCAGGGUUCGUUCUUUACAUGCUGCAAAUACUCACAAACACUGAGAGAGCUUAAAGACA